AUGAGUGUGGUUUCCAAUUCCGUCGACUCGGCCGCUCCUCCAAACCCUCGGGCCCUUCUUGCCGCUGAACGUGCCCAGAGCAAAUUCGAUCCCGCCACCAUGAACUACUUUUUGGAAACCUCCAAGGAAACUUCCGACACCAUCAAGGAGUUUGUGCAGCAGUUGGAAAGAGACCCGAUCAUGAACCCCGGCGCCAAACAGUACGAGUUGACCAAGGAGCAGCAGCGUGUGGUUACCGCCCGCCGCAUUGCCCGUUUGGCCCAGUACGCCGAAACACAAAACGACCCUACUUUCCAAGGCCUCCGCGCCUCCAUCAUGAGCGUGUUUGACCCACAGGUGGGAACACGUCUCGGUGUCAACUUGGGUUUGUUCAUUGGCUGCGUCCGCGGCAAUGGUACCAAGGACCAGUACGACUAUUGGUACAAACAAAAGGAAACAGGCUACGUGCGGGGCAUUUACGGCUGUUUCGGUAUGACAGAGUUGGCCCACGGCUCGAACGUGGCUGGUUUGGAAACUACCGCCACCUUUGACGAGAAAACCGACGAGUUCAUCAUCAACACUCCUCACAUUGGCGCCACAAAAUGGUGGAUUGGAGGUGCCGCCCACUCCUCCACUCACUGUAGUGUUUACGCCCGUUUGAUUGUAAAGGGCGAAGACUAUGGUGUCAAGACUUUUGUGGUUCCUUUGCGUGAUGCCAACCACAAUUUGAUGCCUGGCGUGGCUGUUGGAGACAUUGGUGCCAAGAUGGGCCGUGACGGCAUUGACAACGGCUGGAUCCAAUUUUCCAGCGUCCGCAUUCCCCGUUUUUUCAUGUUGCAAAAGUUUUGCAAAGUCACUGCUGAGGGAGAUGUCACAUUACCUCCGCUCGAACAGUUGUCAUACUCGGCGUUGUUGGGUGGCCGUGUUCUGAUGGUGAUGGAUUCAUACCGCUGGAGUGCCAAGGCUGUGACAGUUGCUCUCCGGUACGCGGUGUGCCGUCGUCAAUUCAAGUCCAAGUCUCAGGCGGACGGCUCUGAAACACAAUUAAUCAAUUACCCAUUGCAUCAACGGCGCUUGUUCCCAUUCUUGGCUCAAGCAAUUGUGUUUAGUGCUGGCUCGUGGAAGUUGGAGCACACAUUCAAUGAGGUGUUGGAUACUUUGGACAAGGCGGUCGAGACCAACGACAUGAAACGCAUUUUCGCCUCCAUUGACGCCAUGAAGUCUCUUUUCCUCGACUCUGCUGCAUUGAAGUCCACUGGUACCUGGUUGACUGCUGAGUGCAUCGACCAAUGUCGCCAGAGCUGUGGUGGCCACGGCUACUCCUCUUACUCUGGCUUUGGCAAGUCUUACAACGACUGGGUGGUGCAAUGUACAUGGGAAGGUGACAAUUCUGUUUUGGCCAUGUCUGUGGGUAAGCCUGUCAUCAAGGCUGUUGUUGCAGUCUUGGAGAAGGGCGCCAAGGAAAAGGGCUCGCUCUCCUUCUUGAACAACGCUGCCAAGUACGACAACGAUGAAAUUGUCUUUUCCAACACUUCCGACUUGCUUGAUUUCUCGAACGUGUUGCGUGCUAUCGAAGUGUUGAUCACACGUAUUGGUAUUCAAGGAGCCAAAGUUGUGGCAGACAAUGGAGGCAACUUUGAUUCUGUUGGUGCUCCAAGUUUGGCCAUUGCGAAAUUGAAGGCGCAUCACUAUUUCCUUGAGGAGUUCCACAGAAGACUUCAGAGCAACGAGUACAAGGAAUUGAACCCCUACCUCGAGCUUAUUGGUAAGUUGUACUGUGCUUCGAAUGUGAUUGAGAAGUUUGCAGGUGACUUUUUGACAUACAACGUGAUUCCGGGCCUGGUUGCUCGCGAAAUCACAAACGUUACUCUUCCAGCCUUGUGUGCGGAGGUCAGAAAGAAUGUUGUUGCUUACACUGAUGCUUUCCAGUUCUCUGACCUGAUGCUCAACUCGUCUCUUGGAAAGUACGAUGGUGAUGUUUACGAAAACUACUAUAACACAGUCAAGACCUUGAACCCUCCAGAAAACCACAAGGCCCCAUACAGUGCUGAAUUCGAGGCUGCGUUGAACCGGGGUCCUUUGGAUGCUCGUGAGAGGUAUGAAAAGGGUGCCGAAGUGGCGGCAAUCUUUGUCUAA